AUGGGAAAUACAUUACAUAAAAUUAAUCAAAAACGAAGUAAAAAAAUCCCCAAAACGAAUUUUCAAAUAGACGUAAAUUCUUCUCAAGUAGGUGCAAAUUCUACCUCGUCCGACUCGAUCGGUAAGCUUAGUAUUCAAUCAGAAUCAGCUGUGAAGCUUAUAGGAGGCCGUCCUUAUUUAGACGAGAAUGCUUCUGUAUAUCUUUGUCCUACAGACUGGGAAGAAGCUGAUAGACUUCAAUUAUGUCAUUUUAUUUUAAAAAAGUUAUUUGGAGGUAGCUAUGCUGCAAAUCUUUCGAAUAUUAUUAAGCCUGGAAGUAAAAUUUUAGAUAUUGGAUGUGGACCAGGUCCUUGGUGCUUCGAAUUAGCUCAAGAGUUUCCUUAUGCAGAUAUCUAUGGCUUAGAUAUUUUAUCUUCCUUUCCAGACGCAAUAAAACCUCCAAACUGUCACUUUCAAUUAUGUAAUGUACUCAAAGGCCUACCAUUUGACAAUGAUGAAUUUGAUUAUAUUUUUAUGAGACAUAUGAUUUUAGCGUUAAAGGAGGAACAAUGGGCCCCAUUAUUAACUGAAAUAAAGAGGGUAAUGAAACCUGGUGGUGUUAUUGAAUGUGUAGAAUUUGAUUGGGCUGCACGUUCAGCUGGUCCCGUUCAUACUGAAUUUAUUAAACGAUGGUCUAUGUCAAAAACAAGAGAAAUGGAUCUUUCAUUUACUUCAAAACUCAAACAAACAAUUAUUGACAUUGGAUUUCAAAAUGUAAAUCGCAUUUGUAAACCAGUGUCUCUUGGAAAAUGGGAUGAAAAACAAGGGAAGAUUGGUGAAAUAUGGAAUACAAAUCUGGCUCAAAUGGUCAGUGGAAUGAAAUCAGUAUCCGUCCCAAUUAUGAAUAUAACAGAUGAUGAAUGGGAUUGCAUGCUUAAAGACGUUGAUCGUGAAGUGGACAAAUUUCGCUCAUACCAAGAUCAUUAUUUCUUUUUGGCAACUAAAUGA